AUGAAUGAACAAGGUAUUUCCCACCAUCGUCAUCCCUGCAAGCCUCCUCUAAUUGGAAUUGAUAACGCAUGCUUGGACCCUGGUAGCCCGACGCUCAUUAAUUCCGUUGAAGCUAAUCUUACGUCAGCGCUACCACGACUGAACCCGUUCACCUGCAAGGACGUUGACGAUAGACUAAGGGAGAUUAUGCCACCGUGCAAAGACUGGACCGAAAUCAACAUCUUCGACAAACUAAUCUUUCUCGUCGCAAAAGUCUCAGGCCGCGUCUUCGUCGGUCUAGAAGUAUCUCAAACACCUGAAUACAUUGACACCGCAGUCAACUACACACUGCAAUUCAUGCACGCCGUCCAUGUCGUCAAGACAAUACGGCCAUGGCUAAAACCCUCGCUAGGACCGCGCACACCAGAAAUUCAAAAGCUUCUUGGGUUGGCGAAGCUCGCUGAGAAACUACUAGGACCCAUCAUCGAAGAGAAAAUCCACAGAAGAGCCAACGAUUCCGGCUAG